GUGGUGCUGAUUCUGUCAGGCGCUGGCGGCGGCAGCGGCGGUGACGGCUGCGGCCCCGCUCCCUCUCCCCGGCCGGACCCCGCUCUGCCCCCGCGCCCAAACCCCACCAAGCCCCCCGCCCUCCCGCCGCGGUCCCAGCCCAGGGCGCGGCCGCAACCAGCACCAUGCGCCCGGCAGCCCUGCUGCUCCUGCCUUCGCUGCUGGCGCUCCUGGCUCACGGACUCUCUUUAGAGGCCCCAACCGCGGGGAAAGGACAAGCCCCAGGCAUCGAGGAGACAGAUGGCGAGCUGACAGCAGCCCCAACACCUGAGCAGCCAGAACGAGGCGUCCACUUUGUCACAACAGCCCCCACCUUGAAGCUGCUCAACCACCACCCACUGCUUGAGGAAUUCCUACAAGAGGGGCUGGAGAAGGGAGAUGAGGAGCUGAGGCCAGCACUGCCCUUCCAGCCCGACCCACCUACACCCUUCACCCCAAGUCCCCUUCCCCGCCUGGCCAACCAGGACAGCCGCCCUGUCUUUACCAGCCCCACUCCAGCCAUGGCUGCGGUACCCACUCAGCCCCAGUCCAAGGAGGGACCCUGGAGUCUGGAGUCAGAGUCCCCUAUGCUUCGAAUCACAGCUCCCCUACCUCCAGGGCCCAGCAUGGCAGUGCCCACCCUAGGCCCAGGGGAGACAGCCAGCACUACACUCCCCAGCAGAGCCUGGACACCAACCCAAGAGGGUCUUGGAGACAUGGGAAGGCCAUGGGUUCCAGAGGUUGUGUCCCAGGGUGCAGGGAUCAGGAUCCAGGGGACCAUCACCUCCUCCACAGCUUCAGGAGAUGAUGAGGAGACCACCACUACCACCACCACCAUCACCACAGUCCAGACACCAGGCCCUUGUAGCUGGAAUUUCUCAGGCCCAGAGGGCUCUCUGGACUCCCCUACAGACCUCAGCUCCCCCACUGAUGUUGGCCUGGACUGCUUCUUCUACAUCUCUGUCUACCCUGGCUAUGGCGUGGAAAUCAAGGUCCAGAAUAUCAGCCUCCGGGAAGGGGAGACAGUGACUGUGGAAGGCCUGGGGGGGCCUGACCCACUGCCCCUGGCCAACCAGUCUUUCCUGCUGCGGGGCCAAGUCAUCCGCAGCCCCACCCACCAAGUGGCCCUGAGGUUCCAGAGCCUCCCACCACCGGCUGGCCCUGGCACCUUCCAUUUCCAUUACCAAGCCUAUCUCCUGAGCUGCCACUUUCCCCGUCGUCCAGCUUACGGAGAUGUGACUGUCACCAGCCUCCACCCAGGGGGUAGUGCCCGCUUCCAUUGUGCCACUGGCUACCAGCUGAAGGGCACCAGGCGUCUCACCUGUCUCAAUGCCACCCAGCCCUUCUGGGAUUCAAAGGAGCCCAUCUGCAUCGCUGCCUGUGGCGGAGUGAUCCGCAACGCCACCACUGGCCGCAUCGUCUCUCCAGGCUUCCCGGGCAACUACAGCAACAACCUCACCUGUCACUGGCUGCUUGAGGCUCCUGAGGGCCAGCGGCUACACCUGCACUUUGAGAAGGUUUCCCUGGCAGAGGAUGAUGACAGGCUCAUCAUUCGCAAUGGGGACAACGUGGAGGCCCCACCGGUGUAUGAUUCCUAUGAGGUGGAAUACCUGCCCAUUGAGGGCCUGCUCAGCUCUGGCAAACACUUCUUUGUCGAGCUCAGUACUGACAGCAGCGGGGCGGCUGCAGGCAUGGCCCUGCGCUAUGAGGCCUUCCAGCAGGGCCAUUGCUAUGAGCCCUUUGUCAAAUACGGUAACUUCAGCAGCAGCGCACCCACCUACCCUGUGGGUACCACUGUGGAGUUCAGCUGCGACCCUGGCUACACCCUGGAGCAGGGCUCCAUCAUCAUCGAGUGUGUUGACCCCCAUGACCCCCAGUGGAAUGAGACAGAGCCAGCCUGCCGAGCCGUGUGCAGCGGGGAGACCACAGACUCGGCUGGCGUGGUGCUCUCUCCCAACUGGCCCGAGCCCUAUGGUCGUGGGCAGGAUUGCAUCUGGGGUGUGCAUGUGGAAGAGGACAAGCGCAUCAUGCUGGACGUCCGAGUGCUGCGCAUAGGCCCUGGUGAUGUGCUUACCUUCUAUGAUGGGGAUGACCUGACGGCCCGGGUGCUGGGCCAGUACUCAGGGCCUCAUAGCCACUUCAAGCUCUUUACCUCCAUGGCUGAUGUCACCAUUCAGUUCCAGUCGGACCCCGGGACCUCAGUGCUGGGCUACCAGCAGGGCUUCGUCAUCCACUUCUUUGAGGUGCCCCGCAAUGACACAUGUCCGGAGUUGCCUGAGAUCCCCAAUGGCUGGAAGAGCCCAUCGCAGCCUGAGCUAGUGCAUGGCACCGUGGUCACUUACCAGUGCUACCCUGGCUACCAGGUGGUCGGAUCCAGUGUCCUCAUGUGCCAAUGGGACCUAACUUGGAGUGAGGACCUGCCCUCAUGCCAGAGGGUGACUUCCUGCCAUGAUCCUGGAGAUGUGGAGCACAGCCGACGCCUCAUAUCCAGCCCCAAGUUUCCCGUGGGGGCCACUGUGCAAUAUAUCUGUGACCAGGGUUUUGUGCUGACGGGCAGCUCCAUCCUCACCUGUCAUGAUCGCCAGGCUGGCAGCCCCAAGUGGAGUGACCGGGCCCCUAAAUGUCUCUUGGAACAGCUCAAGCCAUGCCAUGGUCUCAGUGCCCCUGAGAAUGGUGCCCGAAGUCCUGAGAAGCGGCUACACCCAGCAGGGGCCACCAUCCACUUCUCGUGUGCCCCUGGCUAUGUGCUGAAGGGCCAGGCCAGCAUCAAGUGUGUGCCUGGGCACCCCUCGCAUUGGAGUGACCCCCCACCCAUCUGUAGGGCUGCCUCUCUGGAUGGGUUCUACAACAGUCGCAGCCUGGAUGUUGCCAAGGCACCUGCUGCCUCCAGCACCCUGGAUGCUGCCCACAUUGCAGCUGCCAUCUUCUUGCCACUGGUGGCGAUGGUGUUGUUGGUAGGAGGUGUAUACUUCUACUUCUCCAGGCUCCAGGGAAAAAGCUCCCUGCAGCUGCCCCGCACACGCCCCCGCCCCUACAACCGCAUUACCAUAGAGUCAGCGUUUGACAAUCCAACUUACGAGACUGGAUCUCUUUCCUUUGCAGGAGACGAGAGAAUAUGAAGUCUCCAUCUAGGUGGGGGCAGCCUAGGGAAGUCAACUCAGACCUGCACCACAGUCCAGCAGCAAGGCUCCUUGCUUCCUGCUGUCCCUCCACAUCCUGUACAUACCACCUAGGAGGAGACGCCACCAAUCCCUCAAGAAGUUGUGCCCUUCCCCGCCUGUGAUGCCCACCAUGGCCUAUUUUCUUGGUGUCAUUGCCCACUUGGGGCCCUUCAUUGGGCCCAUGUCAGGGGGCAUCUACCUGUGGGCAGAACACAGCUGGAGCACAAGCAUCAACAGCCAGCAUCCUGAGCCUCCUCAUGCCCUGGAUCAGCCUGGAACACACGAGCAGAGCAGGAGUACCUUUCUCCAUAUGACCACCAUCCCGCCCUGGCAUGGCAACCUGCAGCAGGAUCAACUUGACCAUGGUGGGAACUGCACCAGGGUACUCCUCACAGCGCCAUCACCAAUGGCCAAAACUCCUCUCAAUGGUGACCUCUGGGUAGUCCUGGCCUGCCAACAUCAGCCUCUUGGGAGGUCUCUAGUUCUCUAAAGUUCCAGACAGUUCUGCCUCCUGCCCUGUCCCUGUGGAGGCAGUAAUUCUAGGAGAUCCUAAGGGGUUCAGGGGACCCUACCCCCACCUCAGGUUGGGCUUCCCUGGGCACUCAUGCUUCACACCAAAGCAGGACAUGCCAUUUUCCACUGACCACCCUAUACCCUGAGGAGAGGGAGACUUUCCUCCGAUGUUUAUUUGGCUGUUACAAACAUCUUCACCCUAAUAGUCCCUCCUCCAAUUCCAGCCACUUGUCAGGCUCUCCUCUUGGCCACUGUGUUAUGGGUAAGGGGAGGGGGUGGGCAUAUUCUGGAGAGGAGCAGAGGUCCAAGGACCCAGGAAUUUGGCAUGGAACAGGUGGUAGGAGAGCCCCAGGGAGACGCCCAGGAGCUGGCUGAAAGCCACUUUGUACAUGUGAUGUAUUAUAUGGGGUCUGGGCUCCAGCCAGAGAACAAUCUUUUAUUUCUGUUGUUUCCUUAUUAAAAUGGUGUUUUUGAAAAAAAAAAAAAACAAGCAAUGGCCAGGUGAAUGAUGCUUUCUUGGAGGGACAGGAGGUGGGACAUAAAUGGGAUAUGGACUUCAGGACCAGAAGGCAUUCUAGACCCACCAAUCAAUCAUCUUCAGAUUUUAUUUUAUUACUACUGUUUUUGAGAUAGGGUCUCAUUCUGUCAUCCAGGGUGGAGUGCAGCGGCUGGAUCACGGUUCUCUGCAGCCUCGACCUCCAAGGCUCAAGUGAUCCACCUCAGCCUCCUGAAUAGUUAAGACUACAGGCGCAGGCCACCACACAUGACUAAUUUUUAAAAAAAUUAUUGUAGAGACGGGGUUUUACUAUGUUGCCCAGGCUGGUCUCCAACUCCUGGGCUCAAGUGAUCCUCCCACCUCAGCCACCCAAAGUGCUCAGAUUUUAUUUUAAAAGAAAUUAUUACGUGCAGUUGAACAGGGUCCCCUGUCCCAAAAGGGACAGUGCAACAGAGAGCAGGCGAAAUCAGAGGCCCCAGUGGCUGGUGUUGCAGGGAUGUGGGAGCCCAGGAACACCACUGCACAUCCACCCAAUGCCUUAUUUCCUCCUCUUUGCCAGGUCCAGAACUACAGGCUGGCACACUCCCAAAUCCCUUCUCAAUGCCACUGAUGCCCUUCUCAAUGCUAACUAGGCUCAGGAAGUCUGAUGCAUCUCUCCUUCCCCUUAUUUCUAAGUAAGGAAGGCUUGGGAAAUUAGAAUAGGAAACAGAGACUGAUCCCCGGAACAUGAAGCCCUAAUCUGGCUUGGUCUUAGAAAACCCUUAGAUUGUCAGGAGCAGUGGUAAUGCAGCUUAGGGGCUUGGAUCCUAAGUUAGGCAAAGGCCCUAACCGUGGCUCUGGAAAAAGGUGGCUGGGAGGAUCUGCUUAAGUUUGCCCCUUCCCUAUGGGCCCCAGCACCUACCAAGAUGGAAAGUGCCCAGCGUUGGCCCCCAAUAUGCACAUUCCAUGCUGAGAGGUGUGCCCUGCAUUGCUGCUCUCCAAGAGUAACAGCAAGAGGCAGGCAACAGGAAAUUAUGGGAGCUCAGAAACCAGUAGAGAAAAAUCCAUGAAAGAAAUAAUAGCAGCAACAGCACCUUCUGCUUCUACAGUCUUCCAAAAGGGAGGUCUUGACCACUCAUGCUGCCUACCCCUGGCUCCAGCACAAGCCACCUUGAAGGAUGGAGAAGCUCUUGUCCAUGCAGAGUGCAGUGCCUAGAUUAGCCACGAGAGGUCACUUCCAAAGGCGUCUGUAUCCCACCUGCUCGCCCCUCAAUCCCCCCUCAACUGUCAGGGCGGGAGCUCUCCAAGGUGGCAGCAUUCCUUGGCCCCACUGGCCUAACCUCAUCCUCCAAGUUCCAAGAGGAAGAUGUGUGAAGUUUCCCUGGCUCCUGUCAACAGAGCCAAGUCUUAUUUCCCUCAUUAGCCCAUAGUUCCUAUUAUCAGCUGCAACUGAUGGUGUUGAUCAAAGCAAAGCCUUGUCCAGUGGAUGGACGCCAAUGGCUUACUUACCUGUUCCAUAAUGCCUUCAGGUUGACACAGCAGCACAGCUGGGCCCUGAGCAGUAGGAAAACAAGCCAAAGAGAGAGGGCACAUGAGGUUCUAAGCUCUGAGAGCCUGUGACAUAAAACAUAGCCAUAGGAGAUAGAAAAUCUUGCCUCUUUCAUACAAACAAUCUAGCUCAGCCCUCCCCUCUCUGAGGGCCACAUCUCUGGUCCACAGCUCCUGAAGUUUAUUGUUGGCUCAGGAUGGUAGAAAGCAGAAAGCAGCCAAUUCAGAUGACAUUCUCCACCCCACCAUUCAUGACCUUAUCAUUCUUUCCAGGCACCAAGAGGGUCAUCAGAAAAGCGAAAAGUCAGGAAAACAGAAACCUAAGACUCCAUACACUGACAUCCGCACUCUAUCUAACUCAUCCUCCUUACUGUCCCCAAAGCAAGCAUAGUAAUUCCUUAGACACAGUCGACAUGGUGUAAUGGACAGUGUCUGGCUUGAAAAUCAAGAAAUCUAAUUCUUAGGUCUGCCAUAAAUGCACUAUGUGACCUAGGCAAAUCACUGCGCCUCCCUGUGCAUCUGGAAACGAGGGGAUUAAAUCAGAUGGUCUCUAAACCCUUUCUAGUUUUACGACUCUGAGAAUGCUAAGUGUCCCUUAACAUUAAAAGUGGGCCGAGCACAGCUACGAAGCGACAAUUCCAACUAAACCCCUAGUGUCAAGAACAACGAUACAGUUCUCUUCUACACUGCUUCAUCCACCAUCAGGCAGCAAUAACCAACCGCCCAUCUCUGACGGCGAUACCAAGGGGAGGAGCGGGCGCCCUGAAAAGGAGCAUGAAUCCCCGCCCAGAAUGCGAGGCGGGCCCUCAGACUACAAAUCCCGGCAUGCAGCACUAACGCUCUCAAAAGUAUCCCUUCCUGGCCGGCAAAUGACUCUUUCCCCCGGUCUAUCCUACCAUAGAGUGCAUCGCACGCACAUGGAACUACAGCUCCCACAAUCCAUCAGACCUAUCGCGAUUGUUGCUCCCAGGAUGCAAUGCGCCCCCGUUCGCCCUUUAGACCCUUUGGCAUUGCAAACUGGGAGUUGGAGUCCGGGGUAUGCAGGUAGCUGGGCGUUGUCAGGAUUACAAACUCUCCACUUUAGGCUUCCUCUUGAAGAGCAGAUCUCAGGGACAGUGGUGAAGAGAGGGUGGUAACGGGCAGGCGGAACUCUCCAGUGCCACCACCACGCAAGGCAGGGAUGCUCAGGAUACAAUUAACUGAUAAAAUUAACUGUCAGGAGCGGGAGAGAAUUAGGAACCACAGUCAUACAACACGCCUCCAAAAGCGUCAUUUUCUGUCUCAAAUGGCUUUUCUCUUUACCAAUAUGGUGGCCUGGUCCAGCCACACCUGAUGCUAGAACCAAACGGUCCAGUACAACAUCCCUAGGAAUACUGCUGUCACCGACAGGCGACCAGCUCCAUCCAACACCACACCUUGCUCGUUUGUGUUCAUGCCUGAGGACUCCAAGGGCAUGAUAGCCCAUAUCCCAUUACCAAAAUGGCGAAAGGAGCAGCUU